UCUCUCCCUCUGUGUGCGGCCUGCUGCUGCUCUGGAGGAGGGCGGGCCGUGGCAGAACCACCGACACGUUCCGGACAGUUACUGACUGAUGCGACAUGCACGGACUGUGGGAGGAUUUCAGCACGCGGAUAGCUCGCCAUAACUCGGUUUGCAUUGAUUGGAUUUGGGAAUGGCAUGCGGAGCUUGGAGCUGAGCAGAGGCAGAGCAGAGGCGCGGUCUGGGUCUGCUGUGUGGAGCCUGACCUCGGGUAAACCCUCAGAGGCUCCGCGGACUUUGGAGACAUUCUGCAGAGGUGUUUUUUUUUUUGCGCAGCACGAAAAAACUCGCGCAACACAAAGAGGGGGAUGAUCUGUAGCAGCUGAGAGAGACUGAGAGAAACUAGGAUUAUUAGAGGACACAGAGCUCGUGCAGCCAGCAAGAUGAUGUCACUGAUAGAUCUGGACGAUGAUCAGCGGUGGGUGCCCACGCACGUGAAUGUCACCGUCCUCCGCGCAAAAGGGCUCCGAACCAAGGGCAAGCACGGCAGCCGCUACCUGUACACCAUCAUCCAGGUGGGCAAGGAGAAGUACACCACCGGGCUGGUGGAGAAGGCGGAGGUGCCCGAGUGGAACGAGGAGUGCUGCUUCGAGCUGCUCCCCGGGAUCCUGGAGGACGGCGGCCGGGGCGCAUACCCCCCUGGGAGCGGGGACCUGGUCCUCACAGUCAUGCACCGGGUCCUGAUCGGGCUGGACGUGUUCCUCGGGCAGACCAUCAUUCCUCUGGACCGGAUCUUCCAGGAGGGGAUGUGCCCCCGAGAUGAGUGGUUCAAACUCAACUCUAAGGUGGGCAGGAAGGAGAAAGAACGAGGUUCUCUCCAGGUGACGGUCCAGUUCACCCGCAACAACAUGACCGCCAGCAUGUUCGACCUCACCAUAAAGGACAAACCUCGCUCCGCUUUUGGCAAGCUGAAGGAUCGCGUCACGGGGAGGAAGAGGGGCGACAUGGAGUCCUCCUCGGCCAUCGUGCCGGGCCGCUACGCCGCCCUGUCGGGGUCCGUGGGGCAGCCUUUUGGAGAGGAGGGGGGCGGAGGAGGGCCGGUGGAGGCCAGAGAGGUGGAGGUAGCAGAGGAGAAGAGGAGCAAGAUGAAAGAUUUCUUCAAAGGGAGGCUGCGUAAGUCCUCCGACAGCAGGUCCUGCUCCUCGCUGGCCUCAGAGAGCAGCGUGUCCUCCAUGGCCAGUGAUAACCCCGGACCCCCGCCCAGCCUGGACCUGAUGUCAGACCCCCCCAGCUCCCCCAUCUACACCAGCAAAGUGAGAGUGGACAGCCUGUAUGGAGAGGCAGACCUAGCUAAGAAAGUGCUCACCAGCCAGCACACCACAAAGGUUCUGACACACAAGCGAGCCUUCAGCGACGAAGCCAGUAAGAUCUCGACCUCCUUCCCCCGCCCGAACCUGGCCGUGGAGUCUCUGAAGGGUCAGACCAUGACCCAGUCCAAGUCUUCCUUGUGCAUAAAUGGCAGCCACGUCUACGACUCGGAGCCGUCCACCCCGAGGAACUCUGGAGCUCACCAGUCCAAACUGGUCCUGCUGGAGAAGUGCUCGCCGCUCUCUCGCUCCCUGCAGAACCUCACCAAGAGAAGCGAAGGUUCCUUCAGCGAGGGCCAACGCUGGUCCUUCGACAAAGCAAAGAAAGAUGAAAAGGAGGAUGAAAAGGAAGCUCAGGCGUCCUCUCCUCCUGUUCACCAAGCUCAGGCAGAGAUCCACUCUGCUUCUGUUUCCCCCGACAAAGGCAGGAAGCUGAGAAUGACGUUGUUCUCUGGCGGGAGGAGCGAUUCUCUCCCGGCCAAGUCGGACCUGAACCAGGCUGCUGCUUCUUCUGAGGGCCGGCUCAGAGGCUGGUUCGGCUCCGGAGACUCCCAGAACAAGCCCAGGCUGGAAGUUUCUCCUAAGGUAGAAAGCAGCUCAGACGUUCCCCCUCCCCUCCCUCCUCGCUCCCCUGUCCCCCCUCAGUGCUCCUCCCCCUGCGCCUCCCUCUCCGAUCAUGUCUCACCUGACGACUGCAGUCACACCAACCCCUUCACGCCCUCCUCCUCCCCCUCCUCCACCCCUCUCUCCCCCAACAACCCUUUCCCCUCACGUAUGCAGCGCAACCCCUUUUUUGAGGAUCUCCUUGCAGGAGAGUCACAGAAAUCGCCUCCUUUUGCACCUUGCUCCUCACCUGGCUCCUCCCCUUUCCAUUACACCACCCUGCCCUCCCACACCUGCACCCCCAGUGAUGCUAAAGCUUCUAAUAUGGCCGCCAUAAAGCGGGAGCGGCCCCGGCCGGUAGCUAGGCAGAUAUCUCUCCCUGCUAUAGUCAACCCCAGCAAACCCUCCGCCCCUCGCUCCAUGUCGGAGAGCGCCGGAGAAUGGGAGGACUCGUUUGACGCCUUCGCCUCCAGCAGACUCAACUCUCCUAAAGGGAGUCAGCCUCAGAAACAGCUGAGAACUAGUCCAACUCCAUCUCUUAGACAUGCUUAUCUUCCAGUUAACACCAAUAAUCAUGCACAAGAGCUGCAAACAUGUGAAGAGGAGCCUCCACCUUUGCCUCCAAGGAGACUUUUAAGAACUUCAGUGAAUGAGAUUUACUCAGACGGCUGGCUGCACCGAGGUCAGGAGCUGGCGGUGCAUAAAGAAGCCUACCUCCUCUCCCAGACCGGCGUGGCCUCGCUGCAGCGCGGAAGAGAAGGAGAAAGCAAAAGGAACAGCAUCUCUCCGGACCCUCACACCAGCAGCGAGACCUCCGACUCCCUCAGCGCUCACUCCCAGUCCUACACUAAUAUCACAUCGCCGGGAUUCGUAUCUGAAGAGAAGCUGAAGAAGUUCAAAUAUGAACCUCUGGAAGACGAGACGGACCGGUGGGGAGGGAUGCUGUUCGAGCAGGACUUGUAUGGACGAAUGUGCAGAGGAAACUACAGACAACCUGCAGUAAACCGCUUAUCAUUAGCUGCUGAAGAAGCUGCAGCAAAUAAGAUCACAUCUAUGAACUCAGGACCUAAAAUACUUCUUGAUAGUGAGAUUUCUGUCGCAGAGCUGUUGAGUAUGUCCUCUCCUCCGUUAACGCCAGAUGCUAAUGUGCUAGAUAUGAAAACCUCUCCAGUCCAGGAGACAACAGAGUGUGAUUCACCUGAAUUCACCAACAAUAAUGUGUCUUUCUCACUCACGUUAGGAGAUCUGAACAUGAAUGUGAACAAUUCAGAUUUCGGUUUCAUUGACUCAGACGGCUCCUCUCAGUCUGAGGUAGCUGAAACUCUAAAAAGCUUAAAGAGUUUUACACAAGAAGCUCAACAGAUCGCUGCUUAUCAUGUAGAGACGGUGACAUCACCGGAGGAAGUGUUCAUGUUGAAGGACACGUACAUCUCCUCAAACUCUUCCUUUGAAGUCACUCCAUCAUCUAACAAACUCUACAAAGUCUGCCAAGACAACUGCCCCGAUGCUCGCUGUGAGCUGAAUAAUGUGUCCAACAGCAGCAGAGAGAUUGUCGCUUUCUCACAGUAUCAAACUCCAAAUCCACCAAUAUUUGAAGCCGAAGCCAGAGAUGUGACACCAAGAAGUGUGGAGGAUUUAAAAAAGACACAAAAGAACUUGGAUGAUAAUGGAAACCUGCAGUCUAAAGCAGGUGAAACCAACCAGAAGGAGCCGUUUUCUGGUGUCGUCAGCGCUCGUUUCAGACCGAGAGGAGUGUCCCGACAGAACAGCAGCGGCAGCCCGAGCAGCCAGAGCAGAAGCUGCGACCGAGAGUUUGAACAGUUCUUGUGCCUCGUUCAAAACCUCUCAGAAGCCAGCGAGGGCCCGCUGUCCUACCAGCCGUCUAAGGCGGCGCUGUCCUCCUUACUGGCGCUAACAGAUCACAGCCAGGCUAAUAUGACAUCACAAGACGAAACGACACAAAACGUCACAGAAAAACCCACAGGUAUCAGUUUUGAAGACCUUCACGCUAAAGUAGCACCAACCCCUUCAAAGUCAAAGAUUGGAGAAUCUUUGCAGGAACCUUCCACCUCCUCCUCCACCUCCUCCUCCUCCUCCCUGUCUGUCCUGCGUCCUCUCUCCCUGUCAGCUCAAACUCAGGGCACGCUGCCCCCUCCCCCCGUCUGCUGCCCCUCCAUUCAUCCCUCAAGCAUGGGGCCCAGUGCAGGAGCCACUCUGGCUGUGGCCCCCUACACCUCCUCCUGCUCCUCCUCCUCCUGUACCACCUCCUCCUCCACCACUGACCAGCUCCUGGUCGCUGCACGGCCCUCACUUUUGCCUGAGGAGACUCAGCCAGCUAGCAACCUGCCCCGUCAGGAGAGCAGACCUCAUCCAGUGAAGCCGUUGACUUCCAGCCAAUCAGAGAAGAAGGAGAGCCGCUCGGUUCUGGAGAAGCUGAAGUCGACCAUCCACCCCGGACGCCUCGCCCAGCAGGUGGCAGCCGAGCCUGAGAAGAUCCAGGUGGAGGCGGUGGACCGCUCGGCUCAGUUCCAGCACCUGACCAACAUGGAGCUGAUCUCCCUGCUGCUGCAGCAGGAGAUGGACAUGCAGAAGCAGGAAGUGGCGUCGGAGCGCCAGGCGGCGCAGCUGCACAAAGUGGAGUCUGAGCUGAAGAAGGUGAAGCUACAGGUGCGAGACCUGGAGGACUACAUCGAUAACCUUCUACUGAGGAUCAUGGAGCAGACGCCCACGCUGCUCCAGGUCCGCACCAGACACAAGUGACCACUGGGGGUGUGUGUGUGUGUGAGUGUGUGUAUGUGUGUGUGUGUGUGU